AUGGAUGGCAAAGAUGCCUAUGAACAAAUCCAUAUUGAACCAGCUCAUGUAGAGCGAACCGCUGUUACGACUCCUGAUGGGAAUAUGGUCAGCCAAGUCAUUCAAAUCGGUGAUUGCAAUGCGCCUGCUACUUAUCAGGCGCUAAUGAAUCAUAUUUUUUCGACCUUCAUUGGUAGAUUUAUGGAUAUCUACCUGGAUGACAUUAUUGUCUACUCGGACACUCUAGAUGACCAUAUUGAGCAUGUUAAGUCUAUCCUUGAUGUCCUCAAGGAUGAGAAGCUCUACCUUAGCAAGAAUAAAUUACAUUUUCUUGAACCUGAGCUCAAGAUCCUUGGAUGGAUUGUCACGGAUGAUGGCAUCCGGAUGGAUCCAGACAAGGUCGAUUCAGUUAUCAAAUGGAAAACCCCUACAAACCGAGACUUACUGAGAGGUUUCCUGGGGUCUGUAGGCUAUCUGGCCGAUGAUAUUCCGAAUGUUCGGAUACCAAUGGCAGUACUUCAUGCCUUGACUGGGGACACCGUGUCCUUUCGGUGGGGUUAUACAGAGCAGCAUGCCUUUGAAGACGUUAAGCGCCUUGUCCAAACAGCGCAUGACCACCAUCGCGUACCAAUUAAUUAUGCACGAGAAGCACCCCCAAUAUGGCUUGUGACUGAUGGAUGUGCGACUGGGAUCACUGGCUUAAUUAGUCAAGGUGAGGAUUGGAAGACCGCGAAAAUCGCUGCUUUCUAUUCCGCAAAGCUGAACUCGGCUCAGCAAAAUUACCCUGUUCAUGAAAUAGAAAUGCUCGCAGGUAUUGAGACCAUGCUUCAGCAUCAGGAUAUCCUUCAAGGAGCUAAGUUUAAAUGGAUAACCGACCACAAAGGUCUUAUUCACCUUAUCAAUCAGAAAUCUUUAUCAGGGCGGCAGGCCCACUGGAUCGAGAAGAUCAGUGGGUUUGACUUUUCCGUCAUGUAUGUGCCGGGGACUGACAAUGUUGUUGCCGAUGCACUGUCUCGAAUAUACUCAAAUGACGCACCAGGAACUGUUCGUGCACAGAGUGAAUAUACUUAUUUUGAUGUUGUAAAUGAGGACACACCUCUGGAUGACGAACCAAUUAUUCCACUCUUAGCAGGCAUGGAAGCCUGUGUGGCUGUCCAUCGGAGUCCCCGCCGUAAGGUACCACCUGCAGAGACAGGUCGCCCUGAAACUGCUGCAGAAUUUGCGGCCCGGACAAAGGAUCAUUUUGUUCUCAAAGGCCCACGAGAACAAAAGAAGGGCGGGAAUAGGAGUACAGAAACCCUGAAACUGACUCCUUCAAAUAAAAUUCAUAAAACCCAAAGCGGGGAAUCAGCUGGACAAGAAUCGUCAUCGCCACAAGUACCCAAAAGGGAUAUGGUACCUGAGCACGAGGAUCACGGAGCCAGAUCUGGAAUAGAGAAAAAAGGCUUAGCGCCCGAGUACUCACUUUUACAAGUCCUAUCUCAACCGGAAUCUGGAAUUGACCUUGAAAUACAAUUAAAAUCCAAGUAUCAGGAUGACUCGUUCUUCAAGAAUAUCUUGGAAAACCCUUCUCAAUUCAAGAACUUUUUGGUCGAGAACGGUCUAAUUUACCUUCGUUCCGACCACCGAAAGCUUUUGUGCAUACCUAAAGUGAUUAUCAAUGGUCGAAGUACUCGGGAGAUUAUUAUCACCGAGGCACACUCAAUGCUCGCACACCUCGGGGCUACGAAAACCCUAGCCUAUCUUAAGGAUCAUGUAUGGUGGAAAGACAUGGCAUCGGAAACUAAGACCUAUUGCUUAUCAUGUGUGACUUGCAAGCUUAGCAAGCCAUCGAAUCAAAAACCCUAUGGGCUAUUAAACCCUCUGCCUGUCCCAGGAACACCUUGGGAAGCCAUCGGAGUUGACUUCGUUGGGCCACUACCUGAAUCAAAGAACCAUGAUAGCACCUUUGACUGCAUCACGGUGAUAAUCUGCCUGUUUACGGGUAUGGUUCAUUUGGUGCCUAGCCGAAUUAAUUACACAUCAAAGCAAAUCGCUGAACUCAUGUUUGAAGAAGUAUACAAGCUUCACGGACUCCCUAAACAUAUCAUCAGUGACCGGGAUGUCCUAUUCACAAGCACAUUGUGGAGUCACCUGAAUAAAUUGAUUGGGACGCAGCUUCGAAUGUCGAGUGCUUAUCACCCGCAAAUGGAUGGAUCUACAGAGCGGGCAAACCGCACGAUUACCCAGAUGUUAAGGCAGUGUAUAAAUGCAAAGCAGACUGAUUGGGUCUCUCGUUUACCAGCCAUCGAGUUUGCAAUCAAUUCAGCUCGAUCCGAGAGUACGGGACAUGCACCAUUCUUCCUCAAUACCGGGCGGAUGCUGCGGUCAAUGAUAUGGGAUUCUGCUCCAAAGGAAGAAUAUCCCUCUGUCCAUAACUUUGCCUUACAACGAAAGCUGGCUUUGAUGUCUGCACAUGACAGUAUUCUCGCGGCCCGAGUUAAGCAAACUCGUGAGUCUAAUAAGCGCCGAAGACUCGCUCCGUUUGUGCUCGACGACCUCGUGUACAUAUCUACUAAAAACAUCACAUUUCCGAAAGGUCUAGCACGGAAAUUAAUCCCAAAAUACAUGGGACCUUACAAGAUUGUCCGGGACUUUGGAAACCAGUCCUUUCAAGUGGAUCUUCCCUCUAACCUUAAGCAGAGGGGAGUACACAAUGUUUUUCAUGCUUCCUUACUUAGGAUUCAUGUUCCUAACGACGAUCGCCUCUUUCCGGGGCGCCAGGUCACUCAAAUUGUACCUGGCACCGAUUUGGAACGAGAAUGGGCUGUGGACAAGAUAUUGUCGCACUCAGGCUCUUGGAAUGACUCAAGUUUUGAGGUACAAUGGAAGGCAGGUGACAUUACCUGGCUCCCAUUUGGCCAAAUUGAACACCUCAACGCGCUCAAGGACUAUCUUGACCUUCUGGGCGUCGACUCAAUCUCUAACCUCCCUCCCGGCUCUGGCCAACCUCCUCAAGAUUAUCCCCAAAUUUUCGUUUGA